GGCAAACGAUAAAUCUAUAUGGUGUGUGUGUCUGCAUUUCAGCAUUUCAAAGACCGUCUACGAAAAGUGUGUGCACCGUUGCACAAAGCCUCUGUUGGAGGUGUCGUCACUGUGUCAGGCUGAUUAAACUGUUGCAGAAGGAAGAAGGAACUUCGAUGAAGGAUGCAUUUUACCGGAUUGGUGAAUGUCAAAAAAUACGUAAACAUUUGCGCCGUUAAUAGAUAACUUACGACGCUAAUAUAGGUGAUGAAUGCGUGGCGAUUUCAAGUCGCUAGUAAAACACACACAUCCGAAGUAAACCCGCAGUGAUAGAAAGUGUAAAAAACAACAAACAGCAAGCAAUUUUCGAUCUCUGCUUUACGCUUAUGACCGAAUCGAAUGACGGCGGCGAUAAAAUGCUAUCUCACGUUACAUUCAGAUGUGUUUAGUGUAGAAGAAGUGGCCAAUAAAAUCUGCUGAUAUAUUCGGUCGCUAAUUGAAUCGCUGGCUACAGGUCGAGUCGAAAGCGGCACACAAGCGAUAAAGUCUGAAAGACCAAAACGUGACUGUGAUAAUGUGCUAUUAAACUUCUUUUUUUGUUGGUUCUAUUCGGAUCGUCUUACAACUUGUGAUAGCCAAAUUAGGAUUCUACAAUGCCAACUUCAGCGCCAGUUCAGUCCCCAAUUGUACUAAGCCAGCGAUCGACCAACUUUAAGGACUGUUUACAUCCGCUGGAAUAUUUUGGCCACUGGGAUGGCAGGGGGCGUGCGAAAAUCGUCAACAAUGGCGCGUCGGCAAUGAUAACGUUCACCGAUCGACCCUAUCAACCGUUCGUUAUUGGAGGCCCACUAGACGGAAAGUACAUCUUUGAGCAGUUGCACUUCCACUGGGGCGUCGAGGAUGAUUCCGGCUGUGAGCACAUCCUGGAGGGAAAUACCUACUCAAUGGAAGCCCACGCGGUGCAUUACAAUGCACGCUAUGGAAGUUUCGCGGAGGCUGUGGAUAAGCCGGACGGGCUUGCAGUGACGGGUUUCUUUGUGCAUGCAUAUGGCGAUACGGAUUGCCCGGAGUUCGACAAAAUCGUCAACGGAAUAAAAUAUAUCAAGAAACCCAACUCUGAAGUAGAUAUUGAUGCCGAUUGCCUCUCUUGGAUGAGCCUGCAGGAUCUCAGCCGGCACUAUUACACUUACAAAGGCUCUCUAACAACACCACCCUACUAUGAGAGUGUCACCUGGAUCGUGUACAAAACACCGGUGUACGUGUCCCGGUUACAGAUAGCGGCAUUCCGGGAGCUCCAAUCUUGUCCUAAAGACUCCAAUAAAAAGAUAGUCAAUAACUAUCGCGAAGUACAGGUACCCAAGGAACACCCGGAAAUAAUUUUCGUGCGAAACAGCGGUGGACGCAUGCGCGCGAAGCUGUAAACUAUGCCCCCCAUUUGACUGCCUUAUUUUGUAUCAUACAGCAGUAUUUUGUAAAAAUGUUUUGGUAUGUACUGAAUAAAAAUGUUUCUUUUUAA